AUGGCUCAUUUUCGCGGAUUCUACAUACCAACCUUGGGGGCAACAUUUAACGUUGCCUGGGAAACAUUGAAAGCUAAAUGGCCAGAGAACAGCCCCUGUAUGGAGCUUAUCCGUGGCAGUGGUCCAGAUCAAAAACAAGCACCGGGGCAAAGUGGGCAUGCACAGUUCAAAUCGUUCGACGAAGGCCACGAUAAUACGGAAAUGAUGACCAUGAAUGGAGAUCAAGCGUAUCGGGACCAGAAUAACGUGGCUAUCGCUGAGGAUUCGUUCAGCUAUCAAAGAAACGGGGACAAAGUUAGAACGGGAAGUGUAAGUAGCGGUGAAUUUAGCGAAUACGACGAAGGUGGCGGCGAAUUUGGUUCAGGAGUAAAAAUCAAUGAAUGGCAGGCUGCGUGGAAUGUUACAAAUGCUAUACAGGGUAUGUUUAUCGUGUCAUUGCCAUUCGCCGUAUUGCGAGGCGGUUAUUGGGCUAUCGCUGCGAUGAUCGGUAUUGCGCACAUCUGUUGUUACACCGGCAAGAUACUCGUCGAAUGUUUGUACGAACUUGACACGACGACUGGACAACGCGUACGCGUACGAGACUCGUACGUGGCAAUCGCCAAGGAAUGUUUCGGUCCUACCUGGGGUGCCAGAGCGGUGAAUAUCGCGCAGAUAAUCGAACUUCUGAUGACUUGUAUCCUAUACGUGGUCGUCUGCGGUGAUCUGAUGAUAGGAACAUUCCCGGAAGGCGCAAUCGAUACUAGAAGUUGGAUGAUGUUGACCGGAAUAUUUUUACUGCCCCUCGGUUUCCUCAAGUCUCUGCAACACGUCUCGGUGCUCAGCUUUUGGUGCACGAUGUCUCAUUUGUUCAUAAACGCCAUCAUCGUCGGUUAUUGCCUUUUGGAGAUCGGCGAUUGGGGUUGGUCCAAAGUGAAAUGGACGAUCGAUCUGGAGAAUUUCCCGAUCUCCCUUGGCGUGAUCGUGUUCAGCUAUACCUCGCAGAUAUUUCUACCCACGUUGGAGGGGAAUCUGAUCGAUCGUUCCAAGUUCGAUUGGAUGUUGAAUUGGAGUCACAUCGCGGCCGCCGCGUUUAAAUCGCUCUUCGGUUGGAUCUGUUUUCUAACUUUCCAAAACGAUACGCAGCAAGUGAUCACGAAUAAUUUACACUCGGCCGGUUUCAAAGGUCUGGUGAAUUUCUGCUUGGUCAUCAAGGCUAUGCUGUCGUAUCCGUUACCCUAUUACGCGGCCUGCGAGCUCCUCGAGCGUGCAUUCUUCAGAGGUAAACCGAAAACCCCUUUUCCAACGAUAUGGACGGUGGACCGUGAAUUGAAAGUUUGGGGCUUGGCGUGGAGAAUUGGCGUGAUCGUUUUCACCAUUCUUAUGGCAAUAUUUAUACCUCAUUUCAGUAUCCUUAUGGGUUUUAUAGGCUCUUUCACCGGUACCAUGUUGUCGUUUAUAUGGCCUUGUUACUUUCAUUUGAAACUGAAGAGAAAUUCCAUGGAAUGGAGCGCGGUCGCCUACGAUUGCUUCGUGAUUUUUCUCGGAGUACUUUUUGGCGUGAUCGGUGUAUACGAUUCAGGCUCGGCCUUGAUCAACGCCUUCGAAAUAGGUUUACCGUUUUGAACGACCGUUCGUUAUCCAUCACUCUUCCUCUUCGAUCUUCACUCGCCUCUUUUACGGAAACAGAAGAAUGAAGAUAUUACACGUGUAGACACAUUAAUGCUUAAGGGAACCAUCGAAUUAUAGCUUGCGUCAAUUGAUCCUUAGCGUCACGGUUCAAACGAUGAUUUCAUUUAAUAUUCAAUUCAUCAUCUUUAAUUACAUGCGUCACGCAUGUAAUUGAGUAAUAAACACAGUACGAAAAUCUUCACUUAUAGGGGUUGCAGUGUACAAUCCGCUAAUAAAAAUUCCCUUGAAAAUGUGAAAUUAAUAAUUCAAUCAACGCGACGACGUCUAUAUUUUUGCUGGUUUCGAAACUGUUUUUAACGUUAAUCGUAUAUAAGGAUGAGAGGAAAAAAAAAAUAUUAUAAUCGCGUAUCGACGCUUAGGGAAAUUCUAUAUAAAAAAAAAAAAAAGAAAAGGAAAAGAAAAAUAUAUCCCACUUCGCUCGAUCGAAAGUAGAUAUAAAAAAUUCGUUCGAUCGAAAGCUAUACAAAAGAGAUGUUUUGAGAUUGUAUAUUUAUAUUCAACCAGAACUUACACAUAUCUAGCAAAUGAUCUAUUUAAGACGAGAAAAUUUAGUAGAGGAAAAAUGAAAAAAAAGAAAAAAAAAAGAUCUAUUCGCGUAUACAGUUCGGCUUGGGCGUGUGUUCUUCUAACAUCCUUCUCUCUGGGUUCUACGUCCUCCUUUCUCCGUUAAGAAAAAUCGUCGAGAUUCAGGGGCUUUCUAGGCAACAUAUAGAUAUACUAUUCAGUACGCAGUAAACACGACAAUACAUAUUAUUGCUGGUUGUAAGUGAUCGAUGUCUUCCAUAAUACGUUUGCAAAAGCGUAUAUAUCGUACGUACAAGUUAACUACUGUUAUGCAGAUUUCAGGAUUUUAUAAUCAUGAUUGCGGGUCUUGUAAUUUCUAUCUACACGUUGAUUAAUCACGCUGCGAUCGAGGAGGCGUUUCCAUUGUUAAAUAAUACGAUUUAGUGGUACAAUUUAGUCGAUUUCAUUU